GACUCGCUGAGCUGAAAAUGGCCAUCGAAGUGGUGUCUCUUCCCCUUCCGCCCUCCGCUGAUGCGUCCAAAUUCGCGGACUUUGGUAGGGAGAUCAAAGGGGUGGACCCCGGGUCGCUGACGCCCGAGCAAUUCAAGGAGAUAGAGCUUCUCCUGUACAAGCAUAGUGCAUUGCUCUUCCGAGACGUCAGUCUGUCUCCCGAACAGCAGUACAAAUUAACCAAGGCCUUCGAUCCCGCUUCCGAGAGUUACGGACAUGGGAACAACAAGACGGAGAGCACGAAGAAGUCCAUUCUCCAUCCAGAUCUCAAGACCAUCCCCCGCCAGCCCCAGGUGCAACUCAUCGGCAAUGGUAUCGUCUACGACCACGAAGGCCUCGCGGAGGCAAAGCUCAAGCAUCCAUCUCACACGACCUUCCACAAGACUCGUGUCUCCCCCGAGGAGGAGGACAAGGGGGUGACUCGUUUCUACCGCUGGCACAUCGAUGCCGCCCUGUACGACCUUUCACCUCCGAAGGUGACAACCCUCUAUGGUAUCAAAGUGCCUCAAGGGCCAAAGCAGAAAUGCAGGUAUGAUGAUGGCACGGGCGACGAGCUGGAGGUCCCACCGGGCACGACCGCCUUCGUCUCGGGCAAGACAAUGUUCGACAUUCUUCCGUCAGAGCUGAAGAGCCUCGCGGUGCGGAGCAAGGUCAAGUACGCCCCGCAUCCCUACGUCUGGAUGGCCCCUGCCCAUGCCCUUUCGACUGGCUUGGGUAUCGAAAGUGAGGGUCUCGAGCUUCCGCUGGAAGAACUGCCCCCUUGGGAAGAGUCUCGGAUCAAGACCCUCCCCGUGCUCUGGAAAAACCCAGUAACAAGCGGUCUUCACUUUGAGGUGCAUCCUUGCGGGGCUCAGGAGCUUCUGGUCGACCCCUUGCCUGAAGGCGCGAAGAGAGAAGGAGCUUUAUACCCUGAUGGCGCGCACAUCACCGACUUGAAAACAGUCCGCGAUUUGCUCUACAAGAUGCAGCGGCCAGGCAUCGCACCGCCGCUGGUCUAUCCCCAAGACUGGCACGAGCGCGAUCUCGUCAUCUUCCACAACAGGGGUGUGCUGCAUUCGGUCGUGGGCGCAUUCAAGCCAAACCAGGUGCGCGCGUUCCAUCAGUGCAACCUUGCGGCGUCGGAAGAUCCUGCGGGCCCGAACGCAGAGGACGUGAGGAAAUGGGCGUGAAUCCACGCGUUGAUGAUGGGCCACAGGAUUUAGGAUGUAUUGCCACCUCCUUGAUGGGAUAUGUAUUUUUCACAGAAUGUACGUGUUAUCGUUACUCCUCACAGAAUGUACAUGUUAUCGUUACUCGACUGUUAUGGUUAGCGAGGCUCUUC